CUGAAGUCUAGUUUCUUCAUUAGCUCUGGAUCUCCUCUGGAUCUCCUCUGAAUCUUCUCUGGUUCUCCUCUGGAUUUCCUCUGGAUCUCCUCUGUGGAUCUCAGGUGAGAUGACGACCUCCCCCCCCGGCUCUGCGGCCCUUGACGGGAUGUACUCGCAUCUGAUCGAGGCCGAUGACGAGCAGCACCGCAGGACAGAUGUGGAAGUCUCCCAGGUCAGACUUCCCCCCCGGGUGAGCGGCCCCAGGCCCUACCGCCUCGCCACCAUCUGCCUGGCCACGCUCUGCACCAUCAUGCUGUUCUUCCCAAUAGCCGUGGCUGCACAGGGUAAAAGCAAACCUCAGGGAGCCGGUGAAGUCGCCCCAGAGCCACAAAAGAAGACGCAGGAUGUGAACGUGACGGCUCUGACCGCCAACAUCAGCGCUCUGCUGCAGGAGAAGAAGCAGCUGCAGGUGCAGGUUGAUGAGCUGCUGGUCCAACUGGCCACCUUGAUGGCCACUGAGGCUCCUGAGGUGAUCAAACCGACCGAGGCCGCCAUCGUCUGCCCCGUGGAGUGGCAUCUCUUCAACAGCAGCUGUUACCUCAUCUCCAGACUGUCCAGGAACUGGCAUGAGAGUCAGUCGUACUGCGAGAACCAAGGCGCUCACCUGGCCAUCAUCCACUCGGCCGAGGAGCAGACGUUCCUGUGGGAUCUACUUCCCAGAGGCCACUGGAACGCCUUCUGGUUCGGGAUCACUGACGAGCAGACGGAGGAUCAGUGGAAAUGGGUGGACGGAUCUCCACUGGUCGGAGGUUUCUGGGAAGUCGGCGAACCCAACAACCACAUCGACGAGGACUGCGGCUACAUGAUCAAAACUGAGGUGUUGGAGCGAGUGGCCGUGACGAGCUGGUACGACGCCCCCUGCCACAUGGCCUUGGAGUUCAUCUGUGAGAAGGAGAUGGGCGCCGGUGUCAGCACGGCCAUUCCACACUGAGGCGCAGAGGGAUCAAUCAGGGUUUCCGAUCGCCUGCAGCUACAGAUAUCUUACUUUCUUAAUUUUCUUUCAAAACCUCCACUUUUAAUUCACGUUAGUUUGAUAUGAAGACAAUCCGAUGUUGAUAUUUAGCCUGAAAGAAUGGACUCAAUAAAAGUCUGGCUGCUGUUUAAACUAGUAAAGAAAAGUAAUCAAAUGAUUUUUUACUAGUUUGUGAAACAAAAGACGUAAUUUUACACUUCUGAUAUGUACGUAGAAGGAAAGGGUAAGAACUGUGGCUAAAAAUCACCAUCAAUAUUAAUUUACAAUUAAUAAAGUCUGAAUAUUAAGUAUGUUAUGUUUUGAUGUAUUUCUAUCAUGCUUGUGUUUAAAGGUUUAAGGCUUAAUGUCAAAAUCAAUUUGUUUUCUCAUGUUUUUUUGCUAGUUUUAUAAAAACAUGUCCACUAACUGUGAAUGUAAUCGUUGAAUAAAUAUUGAAAUACUGAAAAAUAAAUCAAUACUGAAAGAUAAA